UUUGGAAAGCGGGAGAAUGAAAAUGUGGCUUGUCUUCCUAUUCUCUACUCCAAAAAAAAAGAAGGGAGAGCCAGUUGCCUUGACUCUUGCUUAGUAACCACGUGCCAGAGACAGGAGUAGUUUACCUCUGUGCAUUAUUGUUGGUGGGGAGGGGAAAUCCAAGAGGAGGAGAUAGUUCUGACCUUGAUGUUUCACUUCCUCAAGACUGGAAUUAGGUUGGUUGCUUUUUAUCCUGAUCACGUGACAGGUGGUGGUAACUGAAGAUGUCAGAUAAUGGUGAAGUAGAAGACAAGCCUCCAGCUCCGCCCAUGAGGAACACCAGCACCAUGAUUGGUGUGGGCAGCAAAGAUCCUGGAAACCUUAACCAUGGCUCCAAACCUCUUCCCUUGGCUCCUGAAGAGAAGAAGAAGAAAGAUAGGCUCAGGUUCUUCCCUGGAGCAGGAGACAAAACCAACAGAAAAAAAGAAAGAGAACGACCAGAAAUCUCGCUACCAUCUGAUUUCGAGCACACAAUACAUGUUGGAUUUGAUGCUGUCACAGGAGAAUUCACAGGCAUGCCUGAGCAAUGGGCUCGAUUACUACAGACAUCGAAUAUCACCAAACUGGAGCAGAAAAAGAAUCCCCAGGCAGUGCUGGAUGUUUUGAAAUUCUAUGAUUCAAAAGAAACAUCAAACAGUCAAAAAUACAUGAGCUUCACAGAUAAAACAACAGAUGGUUAUGCAACCACAAAUGCACUGAGCACGAAGAAUGUGUCAGAGUCCCCAGCCGUGCCUCCAGUUUCAGAGGAUGACGAUGAAGAUGAAGGUGUUCCACCACCUGUGAUUGCACCGCGACCAGAACACACCAAGUCGAUGUAUACACGGUCUGUGAUAGAUCCCAUUCCUCUCCCACCCACCAAAGAUGCAGCCACGUCUCCCAUCUCCUCGCCCUCUGAGAACAGCACAACCCCUUCGAAUACCCUAACCAGGAACGCAGAGAAGCAGAGGAAGAAGACGAAAAUGACAGAUGAGGAGAUAUUGGAAAAAUUGAGAAGUAUAGUAACUGUGGGUGAUCCGAAGAAGAAAUACUCAAGAUUUGAGAAGAUUGGACAGGGGGCUUCAGGCACAGUGUACACAGCAAUUGAUGUGGCCACAGGACAAGAGGUCGCAAUCAAACAGAUGAAUUUACAACAGCAACCCAAGAAAGAAUUGAUCAUUAAUGAAAUUCUGGUUAUGAGGGAAAAUAAAAAUCCAAAUAUUGUUAAUUACUUAGACAGUUACCUCGUGGGGGAUGAAUUAUGGGUGGUUAUGGAGUACCUGGCAGGUGGAUCAUUGACCGAUGUGGUCACAGAGACAUGUAUGGAUGAAGGACAAAUUGCAGCAGUGUGUAGAGAGUGUUUACAAGCCCUGGAGUUCCUACACUCAAACCAGGUCAUCCACAGGGACAUCAAAAGUGACAAUAUCCUGCUUGGAAUGGAUGGAUCUGUCAAGCUAACUGACUUUGGCUUCUGCGCUCAGAUUACACCCGAGCAGAGCAAACGAAGCACAAUGGUGGGCACUCCAUAUUGGAUGGCACCUGAAGUGGUGACAAGAAAAGCAUACGGUCCCAAGGUAGACAUUUGGUCGUUGGGAAUCAUGGCGAUUGAAAUGAUUGAGGGAGAACCUCCAUACCUGAAUGAGAACCCCCUGAGGGCGUUGUAUUUAAUAGCAACAAAUGGCACUCCAGAGCUGCAGAAUCCUGAAAAGCUGUCGUCUAUAUUUAGGGACUUUCUUAAUCGCUGCCUCGAGAUGGACGUGGAGAAGAGAGGCUCUGCCAAGGAGCUGCUCCAGCACCCAUUCCUGAAGGUGGCGAAGCCGUUGUCCAGCCUGACCCCACUGAUCCUGGCCGCAAAGGAUGCAGCCAAGAACAAUCGUUAAUGUGGCGAGGACACCCGAACUCCCCCCUCCGUUCCCCACGCGACUGAACAGUUCUUGAUCCUCCUGAUGCAACCAGUCCUCACACCUCAACCCUUUCUCAGCCAAGUUACAGGAAAGGGGGUGGAGGGGAGGGGGGGGAACACUAUCAGGGCUGUACUUCCAUUGUGCCAUGCAAUGGUUGAUGCAUUUUGUGUUGGGGGGGGUAAAUUCUUCCCUUCAAUUGCAUUGGGUGUAAUUACUUCUUUAAAGUGCUCAACAGUGGUACGAUACAGUCAUGGCACUGUGGAACUUCAGCCUGGGAUGUUGGAUAAAGUAAGGGGUUGGGAACAGUAGCGGGGGCUUGGUAAUAGCAGGGAGAGGAUCCUGUGCACUACUAUGUCCACUGAACAAUACCCUGUUCGAACCCAACCCUGACAAACUGGCGGGGUUUUUUUUUCAUACAUUCCAAAGCAAUGUCUCUUGAUUUGUUUCGACAGGCAAGUGCUUUCAGUUUUCUUUCUUUUUCUCCCCAAUGUUCAUAAGUAUAUUUUUGCAUCUCUUUCUCCUUCUGCAUCAGUCACUUCCAUUGAUGCUCUGAUUGUGCUGAUCACCUGAGUCUUCGCCUUCAGUUCAAGGCUAUUCUCAAAUCACUGAAUGUACCGACAGGCUGUUUUAUUGAUUAUGUACAUGGAGUAGUGAUUGAGACUGUAGUAAUAUCAGUUUUAAAACACACUGCAGCCUGGCAUGUAGUUUAUUUUUGUGAGUGUCCCCAUCCCCAUGAGAUGUUUGUUAGUUUUCCAAACACUACUGCCCAAAGUAAGUGGUGCAAUGUCCUUGCCUUGGGCAACUUACAUGCUGCUAAAUUUUGAGAAUGUCUAUAGUGUACAAAACUAUGGAAUUUUAAAAACUAUGGGGUUAAAAAAAAGAAUAAAAAGGGUGUGUUAUAAUACUUCUGCAAUCGUUUUUACAUCUCUGGGAAGAAUGAACUGGACAAAAUGAUUGGCAUUAUCGAGGAUUGGCAUCACUCUGAACUGAUGCCAGGGUGAUUCACAAGCCAAGAUUUUUCGAGCUUUCGAAUUUUUCUUUCAUUGUUUCGUCCUGAAGCAACAGAGGUACCGAAAGUCAGUGUGACUGAGGAACUGACUUGCCAACUCUGGGUUCGUCACCCGCUGUCCCAGUUGUAAUAUCUUAGUUUUAAAAAGAAAUGUAGCAAUAAAUAAAUGGAAAAGGCGGUAAAGUUUAUAAUUUGCAUCCUUUGCUGCUUUCCACAUUCACUUUUCUAAUGUUUUCCAAUUUUUAAGCCGUUAUUGUAACAAGAUGUCAGCAAUUACAGCCUCUCAUUUUUUGCCUUUGCUGAAGGUUCUGAUGUUUUAAUGUAACACAAUAACAUCAUUAGGUCAGAUACACUUCAUCGGCAGGUUGGGGUAUUUCUACUCUGUGUCUUCUCAAUGGGCUCUGACUAAAGGAUAUGGCUGUGAGCUUCUGACUUUGAAUCAUUCCAAUUAAUGACUCCUAAGGCCAGGCAACGUGGGACUUCAAGGGUGGAAAGGGAGGACAUCAUCUCUUCCCUGAGAGGCUUCUGAAAAUAUUUUGUUAUUUUUUAAUGUCACUCAGCAGUUUCCAUAGGGGAGGAAAUGCAUGUGUGGGGAGAGGGAAGAGAUAGGUGAAACUAUAGGUUAGAACAAAAUAUAUUAGCAUACCCGGAUGAAAGAGAAAAUUCUGAAGUAAUGUAGGUCUCUUUUUAUAUGCAUUGUGUUAAAUAAAGUUGAAUUUCAAUUUGA